AAAAAUAUCCACUCUACGCGCGCGGCACCUAAUCUGAACACGUAAGGAUCAACAAAAACAAUCUAAAGCAAUGAAUAAUGAAGGGCAUGCUCCGUAUGUCCCUUGACCUAUCCUUAAACCCAAAAAACAAGGGAGCUAAUCAAACAUUCCGUAGUAAGGUAUUAUUAAGGAUACGUUUAUUGAUAUCCUUCAUAUGCACUGAAAUUGAAAAAUAAAGGGUACUGACCAACAAUUGAAAUUAAGUGUGGAUUUCGCCUGCCGUUUAUGACAAGAACGUUUGGCCUGCAGACAGCUAGACGUCGUCGUUUUACUGAUGUUGUGGCGCCAGACCGGUGAAGCUACGAAUGAGUCAGCAAAGAAAUGGCCGUUCCUGCUGUCCCAACCCUGCAGCUGAACAACACAGUAAGUCAAAACUCCGCUGAACGUAACAUCCAUAUUGACGAAAGAGAAUUGGAGAACAUCACGAACAACGAUGGAAACGGCACCCUCCCAUUACAUUCUCCGUGGACUUUUUGGCUUGAUAGAUCUUUACCAGGAACAACCGCAGCAGAAUGUGAAUCAGGUCUGAAAAAAAUCUACACUGUGCAAACAGUUCAGAGCUUUUGGAGCGUGUACAACAAUAUACCUGGAGUUUCCAGUUUACCACUGAGAUGUAGCUAUCACUUAAUGAGAGGAGAGAGAAGACCACUCUGGGAAGAAGAGAGUAAUGCAAAGGGGGGAGUUUGGAAAAUGAAAGUACCCAAAGAAAGCACUCCUGCUGUAUGGAAGGAGUUACUGUUAGCCACUAUUGGGGAGCAAUUCACUGAUUACUGUGCUUCGGAGGAUGAGGUGGUUGGUGUUAGUGUCAGCAUACGAGACAGAGAAGAUGUUGUCCAAAUCUGGAAUGGAAUUGCCUCGUUUGCUAAUGAAGCAAACGUCCUAGGACGGAUCUAUGAACUUCUUCCACAGAUAACUUUUAAGGCAGUAUUCUAUAAGCCACAUGAGGAGCAUCAUGCCUUCGAAGGAGGUCGCCCAAGACAUUAGCACGCUUUGCACAUUUUACACUGUUGUUUUUGGUCUUCGAAAUGGACUGAAUUGUCCCCUAAUCUGAGCUCUACUGUCUUUUGUAAAUGUGUUAUACAAUUACUUCAGUUUGGGCAGACAGAAAAUAUAAUAGCUGGAGCUUCAUUUUAGGAUGACUGAUAGACAUGUACUUUAGUGUUUGUUUUUUAUACAAAGAUAUUUAGCUAAAACUGAAGAGGACAAUAGUUGAUCAUGUAUACAUAUUUGUUUUUACCACAUUUGAUCUCCACAGUGCAAUUUUACCAGAGCCUUUUAUUUGUUAUCACAGGUUCUAGAUCUCACAAUAUAUUUUCAGUAUGUAAGGGAUUUACAUUGUUACCUUAUUCUAGAAUGAAUGAAGAGUCUUUUCCUCAAGACAGUAAUAUUCAUAUGGUUUUAUGCAAAAAUGUUGCACAUUCUCAAUGUUUUUUUGUUUGGUAGGUUUUUUUUGGGGGGGGGGGGGGUUAGGGGAAAGAAAGCUGUUAACUGUUACUUGUUGUUGGAUUUGUAAAGUGACACCAACUUUUGUACAAAAACAAAAUCAGAAAAUGUUACUAGAAAAAAAUAUAUGCAGUAGUUUACCCAGAGUGUUUUUGUAAUAGCGGUGGAUCAUGGACAAACACACUCAAUAUUGUUUUUUCCGAAAUGCACAAGCCUUUUUCAUUUUUACUACAAUAAACAGGAUCUCUAUUACUGUUUCUUCAGUUCACUGAGGCUAAUUUCUAAGUUGUGCGUGCACAUGUUUAUUAUAAGCUCCACGAAAGGGAUUUGAUCAAGAAAUAUUACAUUUAUAUUGUGAAUAUUAUUCUCAUUAAAGUCCUACAAACUUUACAUUACAUACAUUUACAUUUAAGUCAUUUAGCAGACGCUCUUAUCCAGAGCGACUAAAAGAAACCCUUCUUAAAAUAAAUAAAAAUGUAUGCUGUAUGAACUGUGCUUUGAGUUGAAUGAGUACUUCUCUUUACCAAAAACCUUUCUUAACCCUCAGUGGUGUGAGAGUGCAUAUUCCCUGCCAAGCAUUUAUGUUUUGUAACCUUGUAAAUGUUAUCAGAUGCCAUCUCUGUAGUUGAUCAAUGUCCUUCUCUGUGACUCAGGUCAUCCAUGUUCAAAUACCAAGAUUGAUUAGUCUCCUAGAGAGAAACUAAUCAUCUUAGACUGUAUAGCUGGGUAUUGUUGCUGUUUUUAAUGAAAGUAUUUGUUUUAGUAAGUCUUUGGAAUGGUGCCUUGUGUUCCCCUAGGGUUUCGUUCUUGAAUGCUGUUUAUUUUCAACAUAUUGAACCAGUCAAAAUGUAAAAUAAAUAUUUUUGCGGAUUUUGAUAUAUGAAAAAAUAAAAAUGCAAAACAUGUA